UGCGGCCCCUGGAAUUGGCGCUUCCCACCUGCAGCUUCUCCUCCUCGCCUGUCCGGAUCUGGCUGUUUCCUCCCGCAAAGAUGAAAGAAAUGAUCAUGAAUCAAGAAAAAUUAGCUAAACUGCAAGCCCAAGUGCGCAUCGGUGGGAAGGGUACUGCUUGUAGGAAGAAGAAGGUGGUUCACAGAACAGCUACAGCAGAUGACAAGAAACUUCAGUUUUCCUUGAAGAAGCUGGGAGUAAAUAACAUAUCUGGGAUCGAAGAGGUCAACAUGUUUACCAACCAAGGCACUGUAAUUCACUUCAACAAUCCUAAAGUUCAAGCUUCGCUAGCUGCUAACACUUUCACAAUCACAGGCCAUGCUGAGACAAAGCAGCUGACUGAAAUGUUGCCUAGCAUCUUAAACCAGCUUGGGGCUGACAAUCUCACAAGCUUGAGGAGACUGGCAGAGGCUCUACCAAAACAAUCUAUGGAUGGAAAAGCACCUCUUGCUACUGGAGAAGAAGAUGAUGAUGAAGUUCCAGAUCUGGUGGAGAACUUUGAUGAGGCUUCCAAAAAUGAAGCAAAUUGAAUUGUCACAUUAAGUAAAACUUGAAAAUUAUGUGGA